AUGCCACCAAGGGCCACGAGGUAUGAGGUAAACGACAAGGUGUUGUGCAAGCAUGGCUUGUUCUUCUAUGAGGCGAAAAUAACCGAUGUUGAAGAAGAGGCUGGCGAAAUGAUCUAUACGGUACAUUACCAGGGUUGGCACAAGAGAUACGAUGAACGAAUUCGUCAGUCGAAAUGCCCUGAAAUGUUUCUACCGUUGACCGAAGCGAACAUCGCUAAAGCGAAGGCGGACAUUCAAGAGGCAAGCGCUGCGAAGACGAAACGCAAGAAACAGAAAUUAGAGGACGAUGACGCGCGGAAGAGCGAAAAUGGCAGCCGAGCAUCAACUCCCUCCGAGACAACCCGUAUUCCUGGAGUAGAUACUCUUUGUGCGACUGCAGUCAAUUUACGGGACUAUUUCGACAUUGUUCUUGGUUACCAGUUGUUGUACAAGUACGAGAAACCGCAGUACCAGGCAUUGUCGAAGCGUGAGCAGGAGAAGUUUGAUGGCGAGGUGACGAAAACGCCGGAAACCCCCGGUCGCAGGCGCAGGCAGACUCGCGAUGAAGGUGGUCCGUUGCGUCCAGAGAUGCUUCGUCCAUCGAAAUACUACGGUCUUUGUCAUUUGCUGCGUCUGUUGGUAAAGUUGCCGAUUUUGCUCCGUUUGAGUUCGACGGACGAUUCUGAAUUUAUGGUCCGCAUUGCAUGUGUGCACGAUUUCAUCGCGUUCCUCAGGCAGAAUGCACCAAUGAUUUUGAUUUCAAUUUGGACUAAU